UGAGAAACAUUCACCUGGACCCACAACAACAACAACAACAACAACAGCAGCAGCAGAGUCUCUGACCAACGCCGACUGUAGACAUGUCUGCUGCCAGCUGUCAGCUGACUGAGGAUCAGUUCCUGUGCUCCAUCUGUCUGGAUGUGUUCACUGAUCCAGUCAGUACACCAUGUGGACACAACUUCUGUAAAGCCUGCAUCACUCAACACUGGAACGUCAAUGUCCCCGAUCAGUGUCCCAACUGUAAGAAGCUUUUCUACACCAGACCUGAGCUGCAGAUUAACACCUUCAUCUCUGAGAUGGCUGCUCAGUUCAGACAGGCAGCUCAACAGGAAGCCAGCAGCAGCAGCUCAGAGCCACAAGCUGCCAAACCAAGAGAAGUUCCCUGUGACGGCUGCACUGGAACCAAACUGAAGGCCCUGAAGUCCUGCCUGGUGUGUCUGGAGUCCUACUGUGAGACUCACCUGGAGCCUCACCUGACAAGACCAGGUCUGAAGAGACAUCAGCUGAUGGACCCCGUGGAGAACCUGGAAGGUUGGAUGUGUCUGAAGCACAAUAAACCUCUGGAGCUGUUCUGUCAGACCGACCAGACGUUUGUCUGCAUGCUCUGCACUGUUCUAGACCACAAGAACCACAAUGUAGUUCCUCUGGAAGAAGAAUAUGAAGGAAAGAAGGCCGAGAUGAAGAAGACUGAGGCUGAAACCAAGGAGAUGAUCCAGAAGAGACGCCUGAAGAUCCAGGAGCUCAAACACUCGGUGCAGCUCAGUGAGGAACAAUCAGCCAGAGAGAUAGCAGGUGGUGUUCAGGUCUUGACCGCUCUGAAGGAGUCUGUUGAGAGAAGCCAGGCCAAGCUCAUCCUCACGAUCAAAGAGAAGCACAGAAACACAGAGAAACAGGCUGAAGGCUUCAUCCAAGAGCUGGAACAGGAGAUAUGUGAGCUGGAGAAGAGAAGCACUGAGGUGAAGCAGCUCUCACGCUCUGAAGACCAUCUCCACCUCCUCCAGAGCCUCAGGACCCUGAAGGCUGCUCCACCCACCAAGAACUGGACCGGAGUCAGAGUCCGUCCACCUUCCUAUGAGGGGACAGUGAUGAGAGCUGUGCAGCAGCUGGAGGAGACGCUCAGCAAUCAGAUGAAGAAGCUGUUUGAGGGCGAGCUGAAGAGGGUCCAGCGGUCUGCAGUGGAUGUGACUCUUGAUCCUGAUUCAGCAAACCCCUACCUCAUCCUGUCUGAUGAUGGAAAACAAGUUAAACUUGGUGAUGUACAGAAGAAUCUUCCAGACAACCCAGAGAGAUUUGAUACUAGUGUUAUUGUCUUAGCAAAGCAGAGUUUCUCUUCAGGAAGAUCUUACUACGAGGUUCAGGUUGAAGGAAAGACUAAGUGGGAUUUAGGAGUGGUGAGAGAGUCCAUCAACAGGAAGGGACGCAUCACACUUUCUCCUCAGGAAGGUUUCUGGAUGAUAUGGUUGAGGAAUGAGAAUGAGUACUACGCUCUUGUUGACCCUCCAGUCCGUCUCUCUCUGAGGUCUCGGCCUCAGAAGGUGGGGGUGUUGGUGGAUUAUGAGGAGGGUCUGGUCUCCUUCUAUGACGUAGAUGCUGCAGCUCUUAUCGACUCCUUUACUGGCUGCUGCUUCACUGAGAAACUCUUCCCAUACUUUUGGUCCAUGUCUUAUCUUUGAUCGGGACUUGUCCUUUAACUCCCACGUAAAGCAAAUCUCAAGGACUGCAUUCUUUCAUCUACGUAAUAUUUCAAAAAUCAGGCACAUCUUGUCUCAAAAAGAUGCAGAAAAAUUGGUUCACGCGUUCGUUACUUCGAGACUGGAUUACUGCAACUCCUUAUUAGCAGGCUGCUCUAAUAAAUCUCUUAGGUCCCUCCAGUUGAUCCAGAAUGCUGCAGCUCGUGUUCUCACUAAAACUAAGAAAAGAGAUCACAUCACUCCUGCACUAGCUGCUCUGCACUGGCUCCCAGUAAAAUCAAGAAUCACUUUUAAAAUUCUUCUCUUAACCUACAAAGCCUUGAUUGGUGAUGCUCCAUCAUAUCUUAAGGAGC